AUGGCCAGCACAUGGGAUCGCAUAGAGGAGUUUGCUCGUAUUCUUAAGGCUCCGAUCCAUCGUUAUGUAUUACGGAGUGACGAAUCAGAUAGGAUGCUAACACUUAUAGAACAGGCUCGACAAUUACUGUGGCGUUCUUACAGCCAGCUAGGCUACGAAAACGUAUAUGUGUCAUUCAAUGGAGGAAAAGAUUCCGUUGCCGUACUGCAUCUACACAGGUUAGCGGCAUUGUCAAACCCCAAGAUAUUUGAAAUAGCAACGGGUCGACCACUCAAUGUAGUGUUUUUUAAGGACCCCAAAGAACGAUUGUUCCCAGAUAUCACUGAGUUCAUGGAACGUACUGCUAUUAAAUGGAAUUUCUCAUUAAGGGUUAUAGAAGCCACUUGGGACCAGGGUAUCCCAAAACUUCCAGCAGGAGGUAAAAAAGGAUUCGUAUUGGGGUGCAGGAACACAGAUUUCGACAAUGUAUCGCUAUCCGAUGUCGAAGAAGGUUCUGCAGGAGGGCUGGAGUUCCAGCGUAUACAUCCUAUAUUGAACUGGACCUAUGGAGACGUAUGGAACUUUCUGAGGUUAUAUGCCUUAGACUACUGCCCACUAUAUGAUCUAGGAUACACAUCUAUAGGCAGUGCCGAUAACACAAUCGCAAAUCCGCACCUAAAAAGGGCAGACGGUACAUGUGCGCCGGCGUAUAUGCUCGAAGAUUGGUCCUUGGAAAGAUGUGGUCGCACCAAUGACCAUAAAAAGGCGGAAAACGCCAAAUGA